AUGGGUGCUCAUAUAUGUCCAAAUGCUUAAAAUAUUUCAUAAAAUGAAGUUACUAUGUAGAAGAAACCUAAAAUUGAUAUAUCUAAGCCUCCUAAAAUUCAUAAACUAUAACCUAUAAAUAAAUUGAAUUUUCCUGAAGAGAUUAUGGAUAUUCAAAGGGAAAGAUAAUAUUCAAUUCCUAAAUAGACCACUUAAGAUUAGAGCACUUCAAAAUAGGAUAUUAAUGAUAAUAGAAUUGAACCUCUAGAAUAAUUUGAAGGAAUAUAAGUAAAUCUCUAAGAAAAUCAAAAAGAUUAAUAAAAUGAUUCAAGAGAUGAUUCAAAUAGUGCACUGCUUGAAGGUAUUAUGAAAUAAAUAAAAUAGUCAAAUAUAAACCAAUACUUAAACAUCCUCCUAGUCCAAGAAAUUGUUAAAAUGAUGGAGAAUCUCAAAAAUCAGUUAAAAAAGUCACAUUUGAUAAAAAGUAGAAAGUGAUUUAUAGCAGCUUUAGAAAACCAAAGUAAUGA